AUGUGGAACGGGAUCAAUGGAACCGAGUCAAACAAGUUGUUUCUAUGUGCUCUGGAGCAGUAUGAUGAUGCGUUGAGCUCUGGCCAGCAGGCCUUCCUAUUGGAGGAGACUAAUGAGAGUCCAGACAUGUUCCAGCUGAGUGUAGGUAUUCUACUUCCGGGGGGGAAGGCCUCUGUCAGCCUGGACAAUGUGAAGGAUGAGUUGAAAGUAGAGUCCAACUGUCCCCUUAACUACCUCAACACAGAGAAAACCCAAGCCACGGUCAGCCUGGCUGCUGGUCAUCAGUUUGACCGGGACGUUGAGCUGUUGUUGUAUUACACCCAUCAGCCUACUGCUAUAGUAAAGGCAGCACAGGCUUCUGCCAAGCCAGGGGACUCGUAG